AUUGACAUACAUUAUGUGUGAACCCAUCAUAAUAUUGGCCAACACUUCACACACACAUUGAAAACCAAUUAUUACUUUAAAUUACUUUUUUUUAUUUAUUUAAACACUUAAGACAUCACUAAUCACAUCCAUUAUCACCGAAAUGGUUGCUUCCAAUGGACUGUCGUGUGUAUUGGCGUUGACACUGUCCACUGUAUUGACGGCAUCGAUGCAGAUGUAUCGGCAAUUUUUGUCGUCAUCGCAGCCGAUGACCAUUUUGACCGGCUUUUUGGGUUCACUACUGUUUUUGUUGAUACUGACGGCUAUCAGUAAUCUGGAGAUGACUUUGUUUGGCAAACAUUUUCAGAGCAAACUUACCGAAGUGAUUUUAAGUUUAGUUAUUGCAAUGUUUGUCUCGGGAGGUGUCCAUAGAGUGGCCAUCACUACGUGUUUGAUAUUUUCGGUGAUUGGCUUGUAUUAUGUGAAUCGGAUCAGCAUUCGUGUCCAUCAAAUCAAUGCCAUUAAUCCGCAGAUCGCCAACAAUCCUACUUCCAAGAAGCGAAAGUAAAAUGAGAUGAUAUAAUGAAUUUUUGACAAUUGAAUUGAUUGAUUGGUGGAUCUGUUAAUUGGUGAUACCAUCAAUUGAUGUGAUGACAUAAAUUGCGACAACUUUUUUAAUUAUUAUUAUUAUUAUUAGAUUAACUAAAUCUAA